AUGCUGACAUACCAUUCGUACCAUUUUCAGCCAAAUACAUCAACUCGUAUACGUGAAUGUGAGCGGACAUCGAGCGACGUCGUACCCCAUUCCAUAUCACAAUCAUCUUCGCCGCCUGAAAGAAUACGUUCAAGUGUUCAGAAUUAUACUAUAAUAGGUGGUAGAUCUCAUACCUCUAUUCCAAUCUCCUUACGGCGCAGGAUCAGAUCUCAACAAGCUCCAAGUCGAGCUUCAUCAUCCACAUUGACUUCCCGUCAUAAUCGACCUGCGACAUUCUUACCUUAUCCUAUAUUAAGUAUUGAUCCCACUACGCUCAGAAUGUCUCGACCAACAUCUUCAUCAGCCACAACCCGACCCACUCAUAUCCCUCUACCGAACAACAAUUGCACCCCUACCGGUACACCCCUCGCUACUCCGCCUAUAGGAAGUGCGGCAUCCCCAGCUUCCCCACGUCAUUCAUUUCUUGGUUUUAUGCGGACAAGAGGUAGAGCCAAUACGCUCAACACGUCUUCCACACCCAGUCAACCUCCCGCAUCGCCUUCGCUAGAUAGGGAUAGGAGUCGUAAUGCAAGUUCUCGAGAGGGUUCUACCGCAGGAAUGUCAAGAGAAAAUACCAACACGCAUACUGCCAUUAACACGGGCGGUAGCGUCACGAGAAGUAUCAGUACACCGUUGAGUGGUGGGGGAUUGAAUAUAAGUACGAAUACGAAUACAAAUGGUAAUGGUAACAAUCCAGACGCAUCUUCCAAUCGAGCUCAACCUCCAUCAGCAGCCGGACCAUCAACAGCGACUGCAUCAACCGGUCCCACCAAUGGAUCAGCCAAGACCUACAGAAUAAGAUUGGUGCCUCACCUCGAAUCAACAAGGUCACUAGCUUUCGACCCCGUCGUACGGGAAUUACUACCCAUCGCCGUUCCUCCUGGUGUUGUACCUUCUAUCGCCGCUCAGUCUGUAUCUGCUGGUGGACCAUCCGUCAAUGGUCGACCACCUGCCUUGCUAUUGAAAAUAGGUAGAUUCACCGAUAAGUCCAAUAAUCAACUUCCUCAACCUGGCGCGACUGGUACCACUGCCACCAAUGGAGCUACCAUUGGUCCAAAUUUCAGAGGCUCAGCUUCGGCUGGUGCUAGCGCAGGUGCUCAUCUGACCAUAGCUGGUGGAGGGGGUGAUCUGACUUCUGGCAGAGUAGCGUUCAAGAGUAAAGUCGUUAGUAGAGGUCAUGCGGAAAUCUGGUGUGAGGAAGGUGGCAAAUUCUAUAUAAGAGAUACUUCGUCUUCCUCUGGAACGUUCUUGAACCAUAUUAGAUUAUCGAGUCCCAAUACCGACUCGAGACCUACGAUGCUCAAUGACGGAGACAUCCUUCAACUUGGUGUGGACUAUCAAGGAGGUAUAGAGGAGAUGUUCAGAUGCGUCAAGAUCAGAGUGGAGAUCGGUAGGGAGUGGCAAAGGGCUGCCAAUGAGUUCAACACAAACGCUUUGAAACAGCUCAAAGCACUUGGUGGUGCGAGUGAUACGAAAGAGAAAGGUACUCCGUCGAAGAAAGCUAAAGCGAGCGUUACGGAUUGUUGUAUCUGUUUGUUUAGUGUGACUGUCUGUCAAUCUUUGUUCAUUGCCCCCUGUUCACAUGUCUUCCAUUAUAAAUGUAUCAGACCGUUGCUCCUACAACACCACCCGGGAUUCUCAUGUCCAUUAUGUCGAACAUUCGCCAAUCUCGAAGAAGAUGUCGAGACCGAAGACGCAUGGGAAAUAGCCUCUCGAAGAGCAUCCAUCAUAUCCCGAAAACCAUCCAAUCAUUCCAUUCGAUUACCCAAUGCUUCAUCUCAGAACGAACCUCAACAAUCACCUUCUGGACCUUCCGGUGAACCUUCCACGAAUAUCGGAUUAGGCGGAGCGAGUUCAGCAAGUGUCAAUGAUCUUCUAUCUGCUGAACAAGAGUCCGAAGCCGUAGGGAUGAUCGGAUCUUCUGCUCUUGCUAGACAGACUACCGCUGUGGCUCAGCAGGAACAACAAGGGGACGUCGAGAUGGAGGUACCUGAAGUAGUUCAUGAAGAAGAAUCAGAGCAAGAAUAUGGAAACGACAACGAACCCACUCGUAUUAUGGCUGUACCCAAUAGGACUCUCGGUAUGAACAAUGAAAUGGGCGAACCGGAAACCGCUCAAACACCGAUGAAUGAACAUUUCCUAAGUACCUUGGCGAUUGGUGAUACGGGUAUAGCUCAGAGAUUCGAAUUGGCCGACGAAUUGGUUAUUACACCUACGACUGCUAAUAGUGCGGAGGGCACAUCGAGUAACGGACAAUCAAGGAAUGGGAUGUAUACUUAG